UGGUGGUGGCCAUCCCGUCGUCUCCUUCGACUUCACUCCAACUCCUCCUCCACCUCCACCACCACCGCCCUCUCCCACCCUUCUCGAACCCGUUGCCGCCUGCCUCCUGCCUCCCGCCCCCGCUCCCGCCCGAGACCGUCCUAGUCAAAGCCUCGGAGGAGGCGGAGGCUGAUUGGUUCGACUCCUCUCGGAGGGUCGCUUGCUUCUGCGCGCGGCGACCAGCGGAGGCGGUGCUGCUGGUGGUGGUGCGAGUGACCGCCCGGGUCUCGUCGUGGUGCGGUGCGGUGCGGUGCGGCGGAGAUGGGCCAGGACCUCGCGGAGAUCCACCCGCGCGAGCUCCAGUUCACCUUUGAGGUGAAGAAGCAAAGUUCAUGUACAGUCCAUCUUGUCAACAAAUCCAAUGAAUAUGUUGCAUUCAAGGUUAAAACAACAUCUCCUAAAAGAUAUUGUGUUCGACCAAAUACUGGGGUUAUCCUUCCAAGAUCGACAUGUGAUUUCACAGUUACCAUGCAAGCACAACGUACUGCUCCACCAGACAUGCAAUUAAAAGACAAAUUUUUGGUGCAGACGACAGUUGUCCCUUAUGGAACAUCAGAUGAGGAUCUUGUUCCUUCUUUUUUUUCCAAAGAAACUGGCAGAUAUAUUGAGGAAAGUAAAUUGAGGGUUGUCCUUGUUAGUGCAUCUCAUCCUUUUGAAGAGCAGCCGACUAAUGGAAUUCCAAACACUGAGGCAGCUGUUGAAGUUCCUUUGAAGGAGGUGUUGAACGUUAGAAAUGAAGUACCAGUUACAGAGAGAGAGGUUCAUCCCCCUCUGGAAACAGACCCAGUUAUUAUUCCUGCACCCCACUACUCUGUCAAGGAGGCUCCAAUCCUGAGAGAAGUUCCUGUGCACAUUUCCCCUGUCAGGGAGACUCCAAUCCUGAGAGAAGUUCCUGCACCCGUUUCCCCUGUCAGGGAGACUCCAAUCCCGAGAGAAGCCCCUGCACCUGUUUCCCCGGUCAAGGAGACUGCAAUCCUGAGAGAAGUUCCUACGCCAUUGAAGGAGACACCUGUUAUAUUGACAGAAUCUCCGCCCCCUCCAAGAGAUACGCCUUCUGUUACUGUGGAAUCUAUCCAUCCUUUGGAACAAAACCUAGCAAGUUUGAAGGAAUCUCCUCUAGAAGAAACUCUUCCAAAAGCAGCUGUCAUAUUAAGUGAGCAAGGGGCUGUCAAUGUGCAGAGUCGUCAACUAUCCCAUGUAACGGAAGAUGUUCAGAACCUGAAGUCAAAGCUUAACAAUCUCGAACUAAAAUUGGAAGAGGCUGGAAAGAUGAUAAUAAAGCUGAGAGAAGAGAGCAGAACUACCACCCAGGAGCGGGAUAAGUUACAGCAGGAAAUGGUGUUUUUACGAAAGAAGGGGACCCCAAGGAGUCAAGUUGGUUUCCCCCUGCUGUUUGUGGUUUAUGUGGCGCUUCUUGGUACUUCUCUCGGUUACCUCCUGCGCCUAUGAGUUCGAUUUCUUCCAAAAAAUCCAUAAGCUGGAUGCUUCAGUCUGUCGCAAGAAUUGAAGGGCAGCCACACAUCAGUCUCGAAAGGGGAGCAUUCCUUAGCAUUGUGUUCACUAGCCAUUAUCAGUUGAGAUGGUUUUGCAUAUAACAAGGGUGCCAGUUGCCUGCGUGUAUAGAACAGCUUUUACAUCUGUACAGAACCGUCCAAUAGAUGCCUGCUGCACCAGUAGACUAACCUGGGGAGCCUCGCUGGAGUGUUUUUUUAUAGUGUGUUGGAUUCGGUUCUUUCUUAGAAUCGGUGCAGUUUUCUUUGUUGUUUUCCCCCUGGGCAGGUGUUAGUUUGCAUACUAUCAAGGUUGUAUUUUGAUUUAACAUUUGAAAGGCAACAAGAAGGUACCAAAGCAGAACCCUCAUUA